AUGCCGCCUCUGAUUCACAGUCUGACAACAUUACUGGUCUUGCACCUAUUUAUCGCAUCUCAUUCUGUCUAUGCGAGCUACAACACACCUCAGGUACCUAUAAUCAGCCCCGAUCUCGCAUCUCGAGCGAUCAUAGAUCAUCCACUGUACCCUCCAAGAAUCAACUACCAGCUACUCGAACCUAAUGACGAAGAGUCAGACCUGUUUGAUAUAUCAGAGGGAACCAUCUCUUAUCCUGUACAUGUAACGGGGGAUGAGAAGGAAAAGUUCAACUUGAUGUUCUUUGCUGAUGGAUAUACUCUGAACGAAUUUGACAAAUUCGAAGAAGACGUCGAAAGGUUGAAAAACGACAUAAUAUCACCUAAUGGAUCAAUGGGUCAUGUGUCUGAUCUGUUAAAUAUUUGGGCGACCUUCGUACCAUCCGAACAGUCAGGCAUAGGUACGCAUGAUCGACCCCUCGAAGGAGCUGCAUUAGGAUUAUAUAGACCUGGAUCUGAACUGAGAGCGGUAUAUGUCAAACAUCCAAAGAGAGCUAGGAGGGCCUGUAAGUGGUUCAGAGAGGGUGGAGCGGGUAAAGGAGGAUGCGACCAGGCUAUCUUACUGGGUAAUGAUCCGUUGUACGGUGGGCUGGGAGGUGAAUUCACAACCAUCACCGCUUCGAAAGUUAAUGGACCUCAGGUACUUCGUCAUGAGCUUGGACAUAGUCUGAUACCCGUAGGAGAGGAGUAUGAUGGAGGCUGGGUCUAUUCAGGUGUUAAUUCAGAUAAGAUUGAGAAUCUGGACAAACUAAAAUGGAAGGAUUUCUUAUCAACUUCCGAGCGAGCGAGAGUGGAAGAUGCUAAAAUGGCAGUACAAGCUUAUCCAUGGUGGGAUCUUGAUUCCGGACGUUUCAAUGUAACUUUCAUCUCUGCGAACAUACCUGAAAAUGCCGAUAUAUCGUACCCCACCGCUUUACUACGAACAUCACUUUCGUCCAUUCCUCAUCCUUCUCAUAUCAAUCUCACUCUCAAUGAUGAUUCGAUCAAUUUGAUGCCUUACUUUACUGAAGGAUUAGAAGGCUCAUUAGAUAGGAGAUGGCUAGAUAUCAUCAUACCUGGGUUGAAACCAGGCGAAAAUACGAUCCAGGUGGAAUUGACUGAUGAAGGGAAACAAGCUGAGGCUGGACAAGGUGGGAAGAUGUUGACAAGUGUGGAAGUAAUCGAAUAUGGUGGAGAGGGACAGUUUAAUCAUACGAUUGGGCAUAUUGCGGCAUACCCUACUUUCAACAUCAAAGGGCAUGUCACUUUGAGACCAACCAAUGAAGCAUGUCUAAUGCGGAAUGUAACUCAUCCACGAUUCUGUCCGGUGUGUGAGGCCGGUCUGCGAAGAAGCUUAGAAGCAAAGAUCGCUCAUAAAAAAGAGCCGUAG